GCCUGGGCCGGCCCACCCGCAAUAAGAGGCAGCAGUAGGGACAGCAGCUGCGGCAGCACUCGAGCCAGCUCCAGUCACAGUUUGCCCGGGGAGUCAGGCCCCCGUCCCUGCCCACAGCCAUGGAUGUCUUCAAGAAGGGCUUCUCCAUCGCCAAGGAGGGUGUGGUGGGCGCCGUGGAGAAGACCAAGCAGGGGGUGACAGAGGCUGCUGAGAAGACCAAGGAGGGCGUCAUGUAUGUGGGAGCCAAGACCAAGGAAGGUGUUGUGCAGAGUGUGACCUCAGUGGCUGAGAAGACCAAGGAGCACGCCAACGCCGUGAGCGAGGCCGUGGUCUCCAGUGUCAACACCGUCGCCACCAAGACCGUAGAGGAAGCAGAGAACAUCGCUAUCACCUCCAGAGUGGUGCGCAAGGAGGACCUGCAGCAACCUGCCCCCUCGCAGGAGGACGAGGCGCCCAAAGUGGAAGAGGAAGUGGCUGAGGCGUUGACUUCGUGGAGGGAGUGGUGAAGGAGGUGGUGAAGCCUGCCAAGGAGGCUGGAGAGAAUGCCAUUGCUGGAGCUUUAAAGAAGACCCAUGAGACAAGGGACAAAGUGGUAAAGGAAGUCACUGAGACGGUGACCAACACAGUCACAAAUGCUGUCACGCACGCAGCGGAAGGCCUGGGCAAACUGGGACAGUGAGCGUGCCUGCCACCAGCAGGCUCUUCCUGAAUCGCA